AUGUUGGCCGGUAGAAUUGACGAUGAAAGUGCCCUCUGGCCACCUGAUUCACUCUCUUCGCUGCCUGGCAAAUGUUGGAAAUCACCUAACACACAGGCCGCCUUCAACAACUGGAUCCUCCAGCAACAAUCCCCCGCCGCUCCCGACAAAUCCCCCACGGUUUCUGACAAUUCACCACAGCCAAACCCCCGCGCGCCCCGCAAAUCCUACAAACGCCCGCGGCCCUCCCCCCUCUCCCGCGUCUCCUCCAGAUCCACGACCUCCUCGUCUUCAGUGGCACCUUAUGACAGCGUCUCAACUGCCGGCACAGAAUCCACCGCGACCUCCACGAGCAGUGUGUUCCCGUGGUGCAACCCCACGCUCGAAGAUCUCACCGCACAGCUCGCUGCCAUGAAGAACCUCCUCAACAUCUCUGAGAAUGAGACGCUCGAGAGCAUCGUUUUUGCGAUAGCCAAGACCGCAUACGAGAAGGAGGAGUUCGACCGUUGCCAGCUAUGGAUCCUGGAUUCGGUGACUCGAAAAACGCUGCCCGACAAAUCUCAAGAAAUGGUGAAAAUGCCGCAGAUUCCGGAGGUGCCGGCGAAGCUAUUGACCUAUCUCGAGAGGUACCGCGAGGUCAAAACUCUCGAAGACUGCUUCGCUGUCGCCGCCAAACCGCACGCCGACCUUUUUGACACAAUCACAGACACAACCAAAACAUGGAUUGACGAUGUCAUGAAGUUCUCUUACAAGCUCAUCACCACUUCAUUCCUCACCCUGCCCCUCCAUGAAGGUUGCUACGAUUCAUCGGUUCAUCCUCUCUUCUGGCAAAACUAUUUCUUGGAUUCCCCGCUAUUCUGCCAACAAAAAGAAACGAAGCUUCCAACCCCGAACCCGACUUCUCCUCUUGCAGCCCUUCGCUGGGAUGGGAUCUUUCUCCCCAAGCGCGCCCUCAUUAACGGUACUCGCCCCGCUUUCGGCCUUGUCGAGGUGUGCCGUGACAUUGGCACCGAUGCCGUCAAGUCCCGGCGUGACUGGCAGAAGCUGCUUGUUGGAUGUCGAGAAAUUCUUGCGGUGUUGAGAUGCGCUGUGGAGGGUGAUGCCAAGACGAUCAGCGAGCUUGCGGUCGUGGGAGUGCUUAUGACGGGUGCUCAGACAACAGUCAUGGUCAUGGGCUGUAUCGGCGAGAACUUGUAUGCGGUUGUUGAGGGGGGAACGCAUGUCUUUCCUCCAGAUCUGAGUGGCAUGGCUAAGGGCGUGUCCAAGUACGUGCAGCCGAUUUGGAGAGCUAAGGAAAUAAUGUUGAGGUCUCAUGCGCUUAUAGAAACCUACUUUGAGGAUAAGAAUUAUGAGAUUUAA